AUGGUACUGGUUCUUUCUCUACAGAAAAUGGUGGUGACGAUUAGUGUGUACGAUGAGGGAUCAACGGAGAAAGUGAUGCGUACUGUUGCUAGCUGCUCAGGAAUUACUGGUAUAACCAUGGAUCCGAAGGAAGGAAAACUAACGGUGACCGGGGAGUUUGACGAGUUGCAAGUUAUGAAAAAACUUAAACGGAAAUGGGACAGUGCAAAAAUGGCGAGUUUUGGCCCGUUCGAUGCCAAGAAAGAAGCUGAAGCGGCUGAGAAGAAGAAGAAGGAAGAGAGUGAACGUGAAAGAAUGGAAGCUCUAUACCGGUCUCACCGGGAAACACCUCUCUGUCCGAUUCCGAUUCACCAUCAUCACAGCACUAUCGUGUGUGAUCAUGAUCACCAAGGCUGUGUAAUCUCCUAAGAGUUUAGGGGAAGAAAACAAAAGGGAAAUGGUACACUUUCUGAUGUCUUAAGUCUCUUAGA